GGCCUGUCUGAAGUGUAAUUCACCCAGUACAUAAUGGAGAGAAAACUUUGUUUGUCACCGGAAGUCACGAAAUCUCGCGAUGCGCAGGAUUCACUUACACGCCCUAAUACGCACAAACACGCCCGGUUCGCCCAAUCGCGGAACACGUCUACAUGGAUGGGGGUAUUUUCAAACUGAAACUUCAGUAUCAUCGCGGAACUCUGUUCAGUAAGAAUGGGGGACAACAUAAAAGUAGCUGUCCGCGUACGUCCAUUGCUACAAAAAGAACAAAGCAAUGGACUCAACAUUCUGUGGAAUGUCAAGGACGACAAGACUAUUACAUCAAAUGAAUCCUCCGCCUCGGACAGCUAUGUGUUCGAUUCAGUGUAUGAUCACAUGGACACAACCCAGGAGCUGUACGGAGAGCUAUGUUCACCCAUCAUCAGGAAUGCAGCUGAAGGGUUUCAUGGAACCAUCUUUGCAUAUGGCCAGAGUGGUUCGGGGAAGACGUACACAAUAUCUGGCAGUAAAGUACAGGCAGGAGUGAUUGAGCUGGGAAUUGAUGAAUUGUUCGACAUAAUUAAUAAAUCCACAAACAAGGAAUUUUUACUCCGAAUUUCAUACAUGGAAAUCUACACAGAAAAGAUAUACGACCUGUUUGAUGAUAUCGAAAAGACAUUGAAAAUUCAAGAAGACACGGAUCACCAGAUCUCUGUGGUUGGUCUGAAUGAGCAGAUUGUCAACUCGAAGGAACAGGUGAUGCAGUGGAUCGUGCGUGGGGAAACAAGAAGGAAGUUUGCUGAGACAAAAGCUAAUGAUCGCAGUUCACGUUCACACGUUAUCCUGAGAAUAAUCAUAGAGAGUCGGCUGAAGGGAGACGUUGAUGCUGUCAUGGUGUCACACUUGAACUUUGUUGACUUGGCUGGUUCUGAGAAGGCAGCAGACAACUCUGGUGAGAGAUUCAAAGAGGGAUGUGCAAUCAACCGCAGUUUAUUCACUCUCAGCCAAGUCAUCAGCAAGCUGAGUGAGGGAGACAGUUCCUAUAUUGGAUAUCGUGAUUCCAAACUGACUCGUAUCUUACAAAAUGCUCUUGGAGGAAACUCAAACACUCUGAUCAUCUGUACGAUAGCGCCAACAUCAAUGGACGAGAGUCAUUCCACACUGAGGUUUGCUUCUCGAGCCAAGACAAUAAAAAACAAGCCGAGGCUGAAUGAAGUGCUAUCUGAUAGUGCCCUUCUCAAGAAGUAUGCUGAUGAGAUUAAGAAAUUACAGAGGGUGGUUGAUAAGUUGGGAAUGCAAGAAAUUCAGCUGGAGAAAGUGGACCUGCAGAAGAAAUUACAAGAAAAGGAAGAAAUGCAGCACCAUCAAGAUGAGCUCAUCAACAAGCUCCGCCAGAUGAUCUGUGUGUCAGGAACAAAUGAUGAUACAAGAGAAACAAAGUCAAAGAAACUGCGAAGAGAAACAUGGUGUGGUAAAAAGCUGAAGAUGAGCAGUUCAGCAUUUCAUAACUUCAAGCUCCCAUCAAGUGAGCCCCUGCUGCUACCUCAAAGUGACUUGCCCCAGGUAGGCAAGCCUCUCUCCAGUCGACAUUUCAGUUUCCCUGCCCUGGAGGAAGAAGAGCCAUCAUUCUUGCAACUUCCUCCUGAUGACCUCACGGCAGACGACUCCCUCUUCAUAUCUCUGGACACCACAAAUAAAAAAUCUUUUAUCACAAACUCAAGGAGAUCAGGAAGGAGGUCAGAGGAUCAAACACACAAAAAGGAAAUAGAAGAUCUGAAGAAGGAGAAUGAAGAGCUUCAUGAGGUCAACACUCAACUAGGUAAUCAGGUUCUGGAACUGGAAUCCAAGAAUGAGAAGCUGGAGACUGACCUGCUAACGGUCAAGGUCAAGCUGGAUCAAGUGAUGAAUGACCUGGCAAUGCAGAGUCUGGAGCUUGACAAGGCCACAACCCUGGCUCACCAUGAUAUAUCUCUGCGAGACUUGCAAGAGUUCCAUCGUCUUGAGAAGGAUGAGUUGGAGGAACAGAUUGAAGCACUGAUGAAGAGGAAGGAGGACUUGGAAGGACAGGCCAUCCCUGCAGAUGUCCAGUAUGUGAAGCAGGUGGAGAUGGAGCUAUCCAGGAACUAUGAUAAGAUGAUGGAGCUCAGCAAGUCUAACAAGGACAUGGAGAAGGAGAUUGACAAGCUGAAGGAGGAGCUUGCCCUGUUGGAAAGCAGCAACUCAACACCAUCAGAUACCACCAGAGAACCUGCCAGCCCUGACAACGAUGAGUCUGCAGUAGAUGUUCCAGAGGAGCCAUUCAAGCAGGAGCAGAACCAGAUGUUCACCGAGCAUCACAGAAGCAGAUUGAUGGCAGUCAAUCAGGAACCUGCCAGCCCUGACAACGAUGAGCGAUGUUCCAGAGCAGCUCGGUUGUCGGAAAUACAUGCCCUGGACUUUGAACGAACACGAUUUGAUGCACAUCGCAACAUCGUACAUAUGGGAUUGAGAUGGGACUUCAUAGCAAAGAACCAACUGCCGGGUCAACCAGACACACAGUUCCACAUCCCAGCACUCUCGACAGUCCUUGGGCCACAGAAUACUCAGGACCUAUCUUUCUGCCCAUUUGAUGCUACACUUCAAGCUACAGUUGAAGGUCUCAGGAAAGACAAAGAUGACCUUGAGGCAUUGGUUGCAUCCAAGAAUGGGGGAAAGAGUUCAUCUGUUGAUCAAGAUGAUAGGUUGGAGAAAUUAGACAUUCAACUUACUGAUCUCAGGAUGGAAAAAACUGAAGGUGAACAGAAAUAUGAAAAGGAAAUAGAAAAAUUACAAAAGCUUAUUGUUGAAAAGGAUACAGAACUUAGAGCUCUGGCUGUGCCAUCUGUCAAAGACAUAACAACAAAGGAAGGGAAUACUGAAGCUUUGGUGAAUGGAUUUGAUGACAAGACUGUCAAUGAGGAGCUUAUCAAGCAGUUAAGUGAUCACAAACAGGAACAAGAAGUAGUGCUGACACAGAAUGAAGAACUAAGGAAGCAGCUAAGUGAUCACAAACAGGAACAAGAGGUAGUGCUGGUGCAGAAUGAAGAACUUAAGAAGCAGCUAAGAGAUCACAAACAGGAACAAGAGGUAGUGCUGGUGCAGAAAGAAGAGCUGAAGAAGCAGCUAAAUGAUCACAAACAGGAACAAGAGGUAGUACUGCUACAGAUUGAAGAGCUUCAGAAGCAGCUAAGUGAUCACAAACAGGAACAAGAGGUAGUACUGGUGCAGAAUGAAGAGCUUCAGAAGCAGCUAAGUGAUCACAAACAGGAACAAGAGGUAGUGCUGGUGCAGAAUGAAGAGCUUCAGAAGCAGCUAAGUGAUCACAAACAGGAACAAGAGGUAGUGCUGGUGCAGAAUGAAGAGCUUCUGAAGCAGCUAAGUGAUCACAAGCAGGAACAAGAGGUAGUGCUGGUGCAGAAUGAAGAGAUUAAGAAGCAGCUAAGUGAUCACAAACAGGAACAAGAGGUAGUACUGCUACAGAUUGAAGAGCUUCAGAAGCAGCUAAGUGAUCACAAACAGGAACAAGAGGUAGUACUGGUGCAGAAUGAAGAACUAAAGAAGCAGAUAAGUGAUCACAAACUGGAGCAAGAGUUAGUGCUGGUGCAGAAUGAAGAGCUUCAGAAGCAGCUAAGUGAUCACAAACAGGAACAAGAGGUAGUACUGAUGCAGAAAGAAGAGCUUCAGAAGCAGCUAAAUGAUCACAAACAGGAACAAGAGGUAGUGCUGGUGCAGAAUGAAGAGCUUAUCAAGCAGCUUGAUGGGGCUAAGCUGGAAUUGGAAGUGAUUCUUGCUGAGAAGAUAACUGCUGAGGAUAAACACAAGGAUAUGGAAAAGAUUAUUCAGGAGAAGAUCGUUUUGGAAGACGAACUGGAUAGGAAAACUGAACAACUUAAUAACAUAUUGCCAGAUAACAAAUUUUGUGAUGUGUCAAAGAAGGGGAGUAAUUUUGAAAGAAGCCAGAAGAUGUCAAUGUCAGAUGUUGUUAUACAUUCCUUUGAUGCCGAUUUCACAGUCUCUAAUAUUGACAUAUCAAUGAAAAUGUCAGAUGGUCCAAUGUCAAUUGCUGAUGAACUUUCUUUGGCGUCUCAGUCUAAUGCUCAGUCUUUGUCUCUGGCUGAUGAACUAACUUGUGCAUCAAGGCAGCAAAUACAACCAAUGUCUCUUGCCAAUGAACUGAAUACAGUCAGUGAACCAGGUCAAACAGGGCAUAGUGUUUGUGGACAAAAUGUAACUGCAGUUUCAGUGAAGGAUGAAGAACUCCAAACAUCCUUUGAUGUUGUAGACAAAGUUCAGUGUAAAACUGAUAUUGAAGAACAAUUCAACAUUAUGACAGAGGAAGUGAAAAAUAUUAAACAGGACAAACUAGAUAUGGCAAAGAACUUGCAACUGAAAGAAUCUGAGAUAAGGAAUCUUACUCAAGCAGUUUGCAAACUUGAACGAGAUCUUGACGAAAAACAGGAAGAGCUGGAGACAUUCUCUGAUGAGCUGUUGAGACGACAAGACCUCAUUACUUCAACAGAAUCUGGAAAAGGCAGAGAAUGCUUUGACAGAGAAUUUGGCAGCCAUACAGAUGAAAUAAUUGCAGAACAGAAAGUCACCCCUCAUAUUUCAGAUGAUGUUGACAGUGAAGAAGAUGAGGUGACGUUUUCAAUCAAGAAGAUAUCACCUAAAGUUUCCCAGUCUAGAAAUGAGGAUUUGGAAGCUAUUAUAAAAGAAAAGGAACGUCUGCUGGAGGCUGCAAAAUUGGAACAUAAAGAACAGGAAAUGAAGAUACAAGACUUACAAAAGUACAUGGAGGUACACACUGAUAAUGAGGGAAAGACAAUUAAACUAGAAUGUUGUCCAAAUGGGAGUGUGAGUGAAAUAGAGGAUCUGAAAUGUGGGAAAUUAGAACUUGAACAGAAAUUGAAAGAUCUGCAAGAGAAGGUGCAGGAGAAAUCGCAGGAAGAUGAAUGUCGGCUUGAUGUGUUCAGCAGUGAAGAUUACCCGGAAGGAGAGCAGGAGCUAGAGGCAAACAUCCAAGAAAAACAAGAACAGCUGGAAAAGACAAGACAGGAUCUACAAACGGUGCAGGAAGAGAUGAAGACUGUUAGAAACAGUCUGGAAGCUGCAAGUGCUUUACUGGAGGUAAAGGAAAAGGAGGUUUUGAAACUUGUUGAACAGAGAAACUCUGAUCUUGAGAAAAUUGCAAAGCUUCAGAAUGAAACACAAGAAGAAACAGAAAAGAAUAAGGAAAAUGUUGACAUGAAAGAAAGAGAAAUCAGUGAUCUGAAGGUUGCACUUAAAAAUCUAAAGACUUAUGUGGAAGAAAAGGAAUCCCAGACAGGUGAAAAAGAUGUGGUCAUUGAAGAGUUGCAGGCGAAAUUAAGUGCUGCUGUUGCUAUGGAGGAAGAAGUGAAAGAACUGACCUUGAAGUUGGAUCAGAGUGAGUUGGAUGUUGAGGCAAAGACUAAACAGAUAGAUGAAAUGACUAAGAUGAUUACUCAAGGUACGACUGAACUGGAAGCUUAUGAGACAGAAGUAGAAACACUGAAGCAGAGAGUUGUUGAGGUAGAAGAACAGAUGGCUAAGAAUGAGGCAGAAUUUGAUGACAUUAAAGAAGCUGGUAUGGCAAAGAUUGAUUCUUUGACUGAUGAGUCUUCAGAACUGCAAUAUAAAGUAGCAAACUUAGAAAGCUGUUUACAGGAAAAAGAGCAUGAAAUUCAUGACAUCCACGAGCAGAUUGACAAAAUCAUACAGGACAAACUACAAGAAAGCCAGACAGAAAUCCUUGCUAAAGAACAGGAAAUAAAAUUACUGUUAGACAGUGUGUCAUCCUUGGAAGAAGUCAUUAAAGACAAAGACCAUGAGAUUGAGGGUGUUCUGUCUGAAAAAAUAAAGUUACAGGAAGGGGGAGAAGAGAUGCUGAAGCUGGUGCAGGAGAAGCAUGAGCUUGAGGAGAAGUUGAGGGAGAAGACUGUAGACAUGGCCAGUCUUGAGGAUGAAAGGUCUCGAAUAGAAACUGAGCUGACUCAUAAAACAGCAGAGUUACAGGUUAUGGUGGAAUACAAAAACAAACAGGAUGUGGAGCUGGAAGAUAAAAUCACAGAGAUUGAAAGUUUAUCCAUUGAGAUUCUGAAACUAGAAGAUGCCGUUGUGGAAAAAACUCAAGAUUUGGGUAUUCUUCAAGAGGAGAAGACGUGUACUGAUACAAUCCUGCAGGAUAAAUCAGCUUUGCUAGAGGAUCUGGGAAAGAAGAUGGAUGAGUUUGAGAAUCUAUAUCAAGAGAAAUCAGAUGAAGUGGAUCAGUGUAGGGUAUGCAUUGAGACACUAGAAGGAACCAUUCAUGUGCUGAAAGAAGAAUUACAGACAGCUACAAACAGGAAAUCAGAAGAGGAACUUGGAUCAGAGUUAGAUGUCCUGAGGACAAAUCACCAAGAGAAGGUGGAGGAAAUUUCCAGACUCACGGCUGAAAUUGAAAAGCUGAAGAACUGUCAGAUGCAUAUUUCCACUCAGGAUGGGCAAGUGCAAAAACCUGAUGUCUCGAAAAAAGGCUCUCCUAAAUCAUCUGUUUGCUAAACUCAACACAGGUGGUAAAAGUGAUCUCGCAGGCAUGAUUGAGACUUUAGAUAAGGAAGGACAUGAUGAGUUAGCAAUUCAGCUGAGAGAACUGGAUGUAAAACUUGCCAUUGAGAGAGUAGAAGUCAACCAGAAAAUAAAACAGAGCGAGACUGAGCUGAUGAGGAAAGACAGAGAGAACAAGCAGAUGAAUAAGGC